AUGGAUUCACUUAGUGAUGAGAAGAAGUGUGCCAUCAAAGUAUGUGGCGGCGGCUGUUGCCUGGGAUGGAUGAUCUUUUUCAUUAUUCUCGGCACCAGCGUCAAGUACGUGAACGACAGGCAGCAGGUGGUGUACAUUAGCAACACCGGACGCACCACAGAGCAAGGCCCCUUCACGAAGAUCAUUUGGCCGUCCACCAGGCACGAGAUCCGUGACGCCAUCAUGGUGUCAGCGCGCGAGUAUGCUGUGCUGAAGCACGAGAGGACGCAGCUCCUAAGACACGAGCCUGGGCCGGGGCAAGUUUUCAUGGAUGCUUGGGAAAACCUUGUCGAGGUCAAGGAGAAGAUCGUUCUGCAGAAGAGGGAGUAUGUCCGACUCAUUGACAGGCUGACAGGCCUUGAGCGCGUCGAGGGUGGUCCGCAAAUCUUGGUGCCGAGGCCGAGGGAGGAGUGGCCUUCGGGUGUGGAGACGAGCAUAGUCAUCGGCCACACCAAUGCCGUGCUUGUGGAGAACAAGACCUCGGGCUUCAAGAGGCUGGUGACGGAGAAGGGCAUGUUCGUCCCGCAGCCUUACGACCGCAUCAUGGAGGAAAAGACGGCCACGUUGCUGGAGCCCCUCAUGUAUGCCGUGGUCAAGGAUCACUUGACAGGUCAAACCCGCAACGUGCUCGGCCCACAGCUGUUGCAAGUCGGUCCUUACGAAGAGCUGCUGCGGGUUGCCGAGAAGUGGGUCUUGGAGAAGGACUCUUAUCUGGUCCUGGUGAACGGCCAGUCCGGCCAAGAGCGUGUCGAGCGGGGCCCGGCGGUUGUGGUUCCAGAGCCGGUUGAGACUGCCCCAGAGGGUAAGCAGAAGGCUGUGUACGUUGACAGCCAGACAGCCGUGAAAGUACUCAACAGGCAGACUGGCCAGCAACGCCUCGACGAAACGCAGGGGGUUUUCAUCCCUCUUCCGUACGAGCGCAUCCUACAAAUUCAGCGAAAGAUCUUGGUCUUGCCCCACCAGGCCUGCGUGACUCGUGACAUCUAUGGCGCGGUCACGUUGAAGAGUGGUGCGGGCGGCGCAACUGCUUUUUUCUUACCUCCGUACACUGAGCUGAUGCAGUUCAGCUGGUCUGCCUACACUUCUCCGGUGUUGGAGGAUCCAGUCCCUAAAAUCAAUCUCACCAUGAUCGAUCUGCGCGCCCAGAAGAUGUUCUUCAAGAAUGAGGUGCGAACAAGUGACAACGUGAAGUUGAAGCUGGAGGGCACCGUGUUCUGGCAGGUGACCGACGUGAUGAGGAUGGUCUCCAUGACCUCUGAUGCUCCUGGAGACAUUUCCCAGCGCGCACGCAGCGGGAUGAUCCAGGAAGUCGGCAGGCUCACAUUGGCCCAAUUUAUGAACGAGUUCAACAACUUGACCAAGGCGACCUAUGACCGUCAGGUUGCAGACGUGUUCUAUUCAGACCGUGGAGUUCAGCUACAGAGCCUGGAGAUCACGCGCUUCGACUCAGUGGACGCGGCAACGGCUGCUGUGCUCCAAGAGAUCAUUAAGGAAACUACCAUGCGCAUCAACGAACUCCAGAAGCAGGAGAGCGAGAAUGCAGUGAACGCAGCCAAGCUCGCUGCCGACAUCAAGCUGGAGCAGCAGCGCACGGCGCUGAUUCAGACGCAGGCCGACAACACAAAGCUCGCCAGACAGUUUCAGGGACAGUCCUCAGGCGCUAAGCUGGUACAGAGUGCUCUGACUUUCAUUGCGGGAUUGAACGAGUCUGUACCGAAUGUCACAGAACGCGUUGAGCUCUACAAGCUCCAUCAGACCUUGACAGCUCGAAACAACGACACCGCCAGUCUGUCCCAGGGCAAGGCGCAGAUCUUCAUGACGCCAGACGAUUUCAACCUCAACCUCGUCGCUGGCAGUGUGAGCAAGUUCGAGAUUCCUUCGUCACAAUCGCUUUCGCCAGCUGCCAUCUUGUACUCUGUGUCCGAGAUUCAGUUCCUGCCAAAGGGGAAGAAAAAAGUGUAUGGUGUUGUGCUGACUCCGCCCUUCCUGGUGCCAGUGUGGCCAAUUCCAUCUGUGGGGUGCUUUGGCGCCAUCACGCGCCGCUUGUCCAUAGUGCCCAACGAGGAAGCCAAUCUGGCAAUGUCGUUGUCUGCAGGUUUGACAGGAUACCUGGUUUCUCUCCUCCUCGUCCUCGUCGGUUUGGCGGUUGGGCCGGACCAGGACUCACCCAUUAGCUUGAAUUACGAGCCGCUGCCACUGGUCCUGAAGCUGCUGCUACGCCCAUUUUUGGGAGAGCCGACAGCCACUCGGCAACUUGACCCGUUUGGGGAUCCUGUCGCAGUUGCUUUUGCAGCGAAUCCGAUCAUGAUUGGGGGUGUCGUUGGUUUUAUCAUCACCUCGCUCAACCUCCUUUGCCUAGGUCGCCUGGAUGGUGCCAUCCUCGCGCGAAGCUCCCUGCGGGGCCUUGGGAAUUUUGCCGGCCUUCUGGGUUUCGGGGUGCUAUUGGCCGGUUGCUUCAGCAAUUCUGGCGCCAGCUACUUGUAUGGCCUUUUCGGGAUUUAUGCCUUGGUACUGCAGAGUGGCUACGACCGUCCAGCCCGGGAUGGCAUCUCGGAGCCGGAGAAGUCCUUCAGCCUCACAGCUACUGCACUGCUUGCCAUGGGCAUCCUUCUGUCAGUGCCUACUUCGCUUGCAAGCCUGUAG